CAUAGUGAAUGCAGGGUCCGGGGAGAGCGGAUAUAGUGAAUGCGGGGUCAGGGGAGAGCGGAUAUAGUGAAUGCGGGGCCGGGGGGGAGAGCGGAUAUAGUGAAUGCGGGGUCCGGGGAGAGCGGAAUAUAGUGAAUGCGGGGUCCGGGGAGAGCGGAUAUAGUGAAUGCAGGGUCCAGGGAGAGCGGAUAUAGUGAAUGCCGGGUCCGGGGAGAGCGGAUAUAGUGAAUGCAGGGUCCAGGGGAGAGUGGAUAUAGUGAAUGCAGGGUCCAUGGAGAGCGGAUAUAGUGAAUGCAGGGUCCGGGGAGAGCGGAUAUAGUGAAUGCAGGGUCCGGGGAGAGCGGAAUAUAGUGAAUGCAGGGUCCAGGGAGAGCGGAUAUAGUGAAUGUAGGGUCCAGGGAGAGCGGAUAUAGUGAAUGCAGGGUCCAGGGAGAGCGGAUAUAGUGAAUGCAGGGUCCAGAGAGA